AUUUUAUUCACACAUUUGUUAAUGAUCACAACAGAUUUAAAACGUUAGAAAUAUUUUCAAUAUGAGUGGUUUAGUAAAAGCAAAACAAUACGACUGGAAAGAUUCGAAUCUCGCUCUCUUUGGGUCUGAUACAGAAAAACAAGUUAAAAAGGAAUCGGCUGAGUCUGAGCCUGCAUGGAGAGGAUGCGGUGAGAAACCCGGUUUGAAAAUUUGGCGAAUUGUGAAAUUUAAGGUUACCGAUUGGCCUAAAGAGCAAUAUGGACAAUUCUUCUCCGGAGACUCUUACAUUAUUUUGAACACAUACAAGGAUAAUGACAGCGACGCCCUCUUACAUGAUCUUCAUUUUUGGAUUGGUAAACAUAGCACACAGGACGAAUACGGUGCAGCCGCUUACAAAACUGUAGAACUGGAUACAUAUUUAGACGACGUACCAGUACAACAUAGACAAGUUCAGAAUCAUGAAAGCACUUUUUCAUGGCAUGUUUGUCACAAAAACGGGCAAAUAACACAGGAUGAAUAUGGAACUGCUGCUUACAAGACUGUUGAACUCGAUACGUUUCUGGACGAUGUUCCAGUCCAACACCGUGAAGACGAAUAUGGCACAGCGGCUUACAAGACGGUUGAAUUGGAUACAUAUUUAGAUGAUGUUCCAAUUCAGCAUCGUGAAGUUCAAGAUCAUGAGAGUGCUUUAUUCAAAAAAUAUUUUACUGAGAUUGUAAUUAUGCAAGGAGGUGCUGAAACUGGAUUCCGUCAUGUCACACCGACGGAAUACAGAAAUAGACUUUUCCACUUUCAUGGAUCUAAGAAAGGAGUCAAAGUUGUAGAGAUUCCUAUACGAAAAGAUCUCUUAAACUCAGGCGAUGUUUAUGUUUUGGACAUGGGAUUAGAAAUUUUUCAAUGGAAUGGACAGACGUGUAACAAAGAUGAGAAAUGGAGGGCUCAGCAGUUUGUCCAAAAAAUCAAGGGUGAUCGUGGUAAGGCCAGAAGCGAAACUCUCGAGGAAGGCGACAUCGAGCCUGAUUUAGAGAGCAAGUUCAACGAAGCGUUUGAGAAGCAAAGCGAUGUUGAAAUCGAUGAAGAAGAAGAAGAUGAAGAUCUUACUGGAAAUGACAAAGUGCUAAUGAGAAUUUCUGACGCUUCGGGCAAAAUGGAAAUGACUGAAGUGAGUCGUGGAUCUGAAAUUAGACGCUCUCAGCUAGAUUCUAGCGAUGUUUUCAUCGCUGAUGUUGGCGAUAGCGUCUUUGUUUGGAUUGGAAGAAGAGCCUCGGAUGCAGAAUCUAAAAAUGGAUUUGGCUAUGCACAUCGCUACAUUCAAAAGACGGCACAUCCUUUCAGACCGGUUACUGUCAUUUCUGAAGGAAAGAAGAAUGCUCGUUUCUUGGCAGCAACUAGUGCUUAA